AUGUGCAAAGUGCUUAGCGAAACUCAAUCAGGUGAGUUUCUCCCAAUGGCCGCACGUGAUGAGGUUUUUGCAAAACCGCAAUUCAUUAAGCCAGUGGUUGAACAGAUGCUGAUAGCGAUGGACUCUGAGCUCCAACCUUUGGCUGAGAAGAUGUUGGAAUUUCCUGCAGCGGAUCUCUACGAAACUUCCUUUUACCCUGAUUUGAAGUACUUGUGGGAACGCCUGGACACAAGUGACAUGGGUUCCUAUGCAGAUGCUGAAGAAGCCGGGUCACCGGUAGACCUGAUAAAUGUUGGCGAGGAUGAAGAGGCCGUUUCGAGUACGGCCCACGAUGCUGCUCCGAGCCUGGACGAAGAAAGUAGCAAGAGUAAAUCUAUCUCCGAUUGUGAUUCAAACUGCUCAGACUCGUGCUCCUCAUCUGCAGAGAGUGCCAUGGCAGCUAUUGCGAGAGACUCAGAUUUUGCAACCUACAGGCCAAUGGCAAAGAAUGCUGUGACGGAGAUGAUGUACAGACAUGUGCGUACUCACGCGAUCCAUUACGGCCACGACAGUCUGGACUUCAAGACGGCGUGUGGUCGAGCACUGGGGCCCACUUAUGCUGCACCACUGCCGCGGAUGUCGCGAGCAAGAGCCGAUGUGGCCGAGGAGCAACUGGUGAGAGUUGAUAGUGCAAGCAGAAGCUACUUGUGCCGAAUUGUGAACAUGCUGGACUCUUCAGCCGACUUCCUUGAUCGGGCUCGCAAGCUAGGGGCUAAUGAUGAAGAGCUUCGCAACCUGCAGGCCCUAGGGUACGAUACCUUCGGUAAGCUGGCCUUUGCUACCAGCUACACCCCAGGACAGCAGGAUGAGACAGCUCUGAAGCAGUUGGCGGCAGAGAUCACGGGCUCAGACCCUCCAUUAGCUGCGAGGUUGCCAAUUGUCCGGCGACUAUUCUUCGAAUCUUAUACAUGGGCGGCUGCUGACAUGCAAAUGAGAGUUGAGCGCAAAGAUGACAGUGCACCCAGAAAGCUGGCUAAUGCCGAGCGUUCAGCCAGGUACGAUGACCAACGGAAGCGCUUGAGUGGCAUUGACAUGACUGGGGAGCUGGAACCGAGCAACGCUCUCAUAGACCUCGUCUACAACAUGGCCGAGGAGGAUCAGUUGAAAUAUGUGCGCUGGGAAGAGUGUACCAAGCGUGACCAGGAGUUAAUGGGCAUCAAGGUGGAUCCAGUGUGGAAGCCAGAUAGCUCAGGGCUUAUCCGUGAGACCAAGGUGUCUGAAGCUUUGAAAGCAGACACCCACACUGACCUGAAAUUGAGGCUGGCGCUCCAGAGGAGGUCCUUGUCUUUUGACCAGGCACGAUUGGUGGACUACAAUGUCUUUGAAAAGUGGACGCACACUAUGAUGGACGCAUUCUGCUCACCCCCUCCGGAAGGCCAUCUCCGUGUCACGGUUGAGCAGUUGCAUCGUGCAGAUUUGCAACUCUUCAAAGUCAUGAUGCGCGAGACCAGAAGCGGCAUCAAGCCAAUCAGUGGAACAAAGCCGGUGGAGGUAGCUCUUCUGAAAGCCAUGGAUGCUGCAGAGGUGCGAUUGCUACUUCAACCUCUUCAAGGUGGAAUCAAGCGCAAGGCAGAUGCGCUAGAGGAGGAUCCCAAGAAGUCAAAAUCCUCCGCAUCUUCAGGUGAGUAUGCAAAGCUGCAGCAGACAAUUGCCAAUCUCCAAGGCCAAGUGAAGAACUUGCGUGCCAAUUCGAGCCACAAUCCAACCAAAGGUCGCAAAGGUCGCGGCAAAGGUGCAAAGACCAAUUUGAUCCGCAUGCCACCUCAGCUGAUUGGUAUGGCCCCCACCAAUGCGCAAGGUGAACCCAACUGCUAUGACUUCAACCUCAAAGGAUGCAGCAAAGCCAAGCCAGGCGUCCCAGCCCCAAAGCCUUUGAGGUCAACUAAGCGUCCAGAUGGGCUUCCCAACCUGCAUGGUAUCAACAAGGAACGUGUACAACUUGCCAACAGUGUUUAUGAUAACAUUUGCAAAAUUCUAGCUAUGCUGCCUGCAUCUUGCAUCAUUUCCGUGGAGAAUCCUACACGCUCACACAUGUGGGCCACCUCGUGGUUUCGCAAGCUGAUCAAAAAGAGAUGCCUUUUUCCCAUUACAUUUCAAGCCUGUAUGCAUGGGUCGCUCCGGGACAAAUGGACAACAUUUUACACUAACUGCAGCGCUUUCAGUCCUCUUGCUCUCACCUGUGAUGGUGGCCAUACCCAUUUGCCAUGGGGUGUGGAUCGCAAAACUGAUGGUUGGCGCUUCAACACUGCAGAAGAGGCUGAAUACCCUGAGGAACUGUGCUCCAAAGUCGCUGCUAUCAUUAAAGAACAAGCACGGCAACACAACAUUGUCCUUGUCCAACAGCCUCCCAACAAGAAGUACAAGUUAGAUCCCCCCGCAAACCAACUGCGAGCGGCGCAAAGUGGCCGGCAACCGCGUGGGAACUUGCUGCCGCAAAUCAUUUCUGAAUUUUCGCACGUUCGUUUGUUGAAGUGGCCCUUACAAUGGCCACGCCAAGCACCACGCAUGCUGACCGAACAGGAGAUGCAACAUUUUCAAUUGCCAUUUGCUGCCAAACUGCUGUCCUUUAAGAUGGGAGAGACGGGGACAGAUGAUGAAUGCAUUGCUGAAAUUGGUAUAUAUCGCACGCCUGAUCAAUUCACAGAAGAAGCUCUUCGACUUCAACACCCUUUUGACGACUGCAGCUCGGUCCAGGAUGAUGUAAAAAGGGCUAUUUUCUGGCUUCUCACGGAUGGGCCUAAGGUAGUUGCUGAACAAAGAAAACUUAUACUGGACAAUUACGAACGUCUUAGUCUGGAACUUGAGGGCGAGGAGAAAACGUUACAUGACCAAUUGGAUCCUGCACGUGAGUUCAUCAUUCGUGACAAGAAGAUCCUGCUCUUCAAACGAAUGUGUACUGAUGCCGGGGUUGAUGAUGACGGCCUGGCGGACAUAAUGCUCAAUGGAAUCAAACUAACUGGCGCAGGUGAGCCUACAGGUCAGUUUGAGCCAGACAUCAAAGAGCCUUCGAUUAGCAAUGUGCAACUAUUGAAGUCUUCGACAUGGACCCGCAAGACGAUCCUUGCAAAAUCCACAUGUGGAGUUGAAGAACGUGUGCUCAAGACUGUUUGGGAAAACACUUGUGCCGAAGCUGAACGUGGCUGGUUGUCUGGACCUUAUGAGGAGGAAGAACUUGUACAACGUAUUGAUGGUAUUUCCACAACUGCUCGUUCCUGGUUGGAGGCCGUGAAUGAUGACAGGCGAGUCCACUUCAAAUUGAGCAACGGUAAACUUUACAUUUUUACCGAUGCUGCUCUUGAAAAUUAUGACACUUGUGGCAGUGUGGGCAUGGUGGCCUACUUUGUGGAUCAUGAUGUGAUCGUGCGGAGGUUGACCUCCCUGCCGCCACCCACUGAAGGCUCUUCAGUGGAUGGUAUCUCCUAUGACAGUCAGGAGGUCGUUGCAGAGCUCACGGCCAAUGGGACUGAUGGUCCCAUUCCCUCCUCCUCGCCGGCGUACAGAUAG